CCGGCAAUUACAGUUUGGGCGGAGAGUUUUUCAUUCAUAAAUAAAACCCGCCUGCGGUGGCGGCACCGCUACAUUCCAAUGGCGACCAACAAUAACGACCAGGAUAAGCUACCUUACCGCCCGUAUCGGGAGAGGAAAGUCCUCGCGGCUCAUGCACGCGCCGUCUCAUGUGUGAAGUUCUCCAACGACGGUAAGCUCUUCGCCUCCGCCUCUCUGGACAGAACUCUAAUCGUCUGGUCAUCCGAAACCCUAACGAAGCUCUCACAACUCGUCGGCCACUCCGACGGAAUAUCCGACCUGGCCUGGUCCCCUGACUCCACCUACAUCUGCUCUGCCUCCGACGAUUGCACCAUUCGCAUCUGGGUUGCCAGCUCCGGGGAGUGCCGCAAAACCCUCCGGGGCCACACCAAUUUCGUAUUUUGCGUCAAUUUCAAUCCCCAAUCCAACCUCAUCGCAUCUGGAUCGUUCGACGAGACUAUUCGGGUUUGGGAUGUGAAAACGGGCAAGUCCGUGCACGUGAUCCGGGCGCAUUCCAUGCCCGUGACCGCCGUGCAUUUCAACAAGGACGGGACCAUGAUUGUUUCCAGCAGCCAUGACGGCUCAUGUAAGACUUGGGAUACAGCCAGUGGCGCCUGCUUGAAGACCCUUAUAGAUGAUAAAAUCCCUGUUUCGUUUGCCAAGUUCUCUCCUAACGGCAAGUUCAUACUCGUAGCAACUCUGGAUGACACUCUUAAACUCUGGAAUUAUGCAACUGGAAAGAUAAUGAAGUCAUAUACUAAGCAUAUGAACAGAAAGUAUUGCAUUACACCCACAUUUUCGGUGACGUAUGCGAAGUACAUUGUUUGUGGUUCUGAAGAUCAUUGUGUGUACAUAUGGGAUCUGCAAAAAGACAAGAAUUUGCUGCAAAAGCUUGAGGGACACAAUGAUACCGUCAUCUCUGUGAGUUGUCAUCCCCUGGCGAACAUGAUUGCAUCUGCUGGACUUGAUGAUGACAGAACUGUGAGGAUUUGGGUUCAAGAUUAACAACAGUCUUCUUUUCAGCCCUUCUUCUUGGUUAGUUACAUCCUAACUGGUUAAUGUAUAUAGACUUUUGUUUUUCUGAACUUCCAGAUUAAUGUAUAAUGUAUACUGGAUUCAGAUUUGAAUCAAGUCUUAAUUGUUUCACCAUAUUCUUUGUAACAUUUACCAAGGCUUCAUUGCUUUAAAGAUAGAUGCAUUUUACUGGAAAAUAUUUUCUGAUUUUGCUU